AACAAAAAGAAAAUGUCUGCAAUUGGACAAUUUGAAGAUACCCUCAUCUUCGAGGGAUGCAACUUCCUGAAGCAGCGGCUCCUUCUGUCAACAUUGAGUGGCAAGCCCAUAAGGAUCAUCAACAUUCGAAGGUAUGCUUGUCCACCGGGUUUGCGGGAGUAUGAAGUGAAUCUGAUCCGGUUGUUUGACAAAAUCACCAAUGGGACACGAAUUGAGCUCAAUAGCACAGGAACUGCUAUUCUCUAUGAACCAGGACUUUUGUCUGGUGGACUUGUGAAUCAUGAAUGUAGCCUUCAGCGAGGCAUUGGAUACUACUUGGAUGUCCUUCUGGCUCUUGGGCCCUUCUGCAAGAUUCCACUGAAUGCCAACUUCAAAGGUGUCACUAACAGUCAGGAUGGUCCUUCUGUGGAUCAUAUUUUGGCAUCUGCUAUUCCAAUUCUCAAGAAAUUCCUCAUUGUUGAUGAUGGAUUGGAGUUGAAGGUUCUCAAGAGGGGAUUGAUGCCACUUGGAGGAGGGGAGGUCUUAUUCAAGUGUCCCGUGAGGAAGAAUCUCCACACCGUGCAGAUGUCUAACACUGGAAUGGUGAAGAGGGUUCGAGGAGUUGUCUAUGCUUGCAAGGUGUCCCCGGCUCUGGCUAAUAGAACUGUUGAAGCAGCCAAAGGACCUCUAUUGAAAUUCAUCCCAGAUGUCUACAUCAACACUGAUCAGACCAAAGGGAGAUCUGGUGGAAAAAGUCCUGGAUUUGGGAUAUUACUCGUGGCAGAGACCACAGAUGGAUUGUUCUAUGCUGCAGAAACUGUGUCGAGUAUCAUCAAGGAUGGAACCCCCCAUUCAGUGCCCGAGGAUUUGGGUAAGACAACAGCUCAGAAGUUGCUGGAUGAGAUCUAUCGAGGUGGAUGUGCUGAUUCUACAUUCCAAUGGCUUGUUGCCCUCUACAUGGCUCUGGGACAGAAGAAUGUGGCAAAAUUCGCCACAGGACCCUUCUCAGACUACACCGUCAACUUCCUGCAACAACUCAGGCAGUUUUUCUCCAUCACAUUCAAACUCGAAUCCAUUGCAGGGCAAAAUCCCGAUGGAAGACAGAGGCCAAUUGAAGAAAGAGUUGCAGUCCUCAUGACUUGCGUGGGAAUUGGAUACUCAAACAUAAAUAAAAGGAUGUUGUAAAAA